AUGGCUCAGUUGAAAGCAUUUCCUUCACAUCCAUGCGCCACUACCACUCCUUCCCUUCAUGCAACCGAGCACAUUCUGUUUAAUAGGUUUUGGAAGGCAAACCCAUGUUCAUUUAAAGAGUUGAAGCCAAGAGCUACUGUUGGUGCUGGUAGACUUCAAGUUGUAAAUGCAGUAUCACACAAUGAUUCUGCUGUGGGAGUUUCUGAAACCAAGAAGGGUAGUGGGCUGCGUGGAAAAUUAAACAAGGUUGUUCUGGCUUACAGUGGUGGCUUAGACACAUCGGUCAUUGUCCCAUGGUUGAGGGAGAAUUAUGGUUGUGAUGUUGUUUGCUUCACUGCCGAUGUUGGCCAAGGUAUAAAAGAAUUGGACGGUUUAGAAGCCAAAGCCAAAGCCAGCGGAGCCUCUCAAUUAGUUGUAAAGGAUUUGCAAGAGGAAUUUGUUAAAGAUUACGUAUUUCCUUGCCUGCGUGCUGGUGCCAUUUAUGAGAGGAAGUAUUUGCUUGGGACCUCAAUGGCCCGUCCUGUAAUUGCAAAGGCCAUGGUGGAUGUUGCCAAAGAAGUUGGAGCUGAUGCUGUCGCCCAUGGGUGUACAGGGAAAGGAAAUGAUCAGGUUCGAUUUGAGCUCACUUUCUUUGCGCUGAACCCCAAGCUAAACAUUGUGGCUCCAUGGAGGGAGUGGGAUAUUACAGGGAGAGAAGAUGCCAUUGAGUAUGCGAAAAAGCAUAAUGUUCCUGUUCCAGUGACAAAGAAAUCCAUAUAUAGCAGGGAUAGGAACCUAUGGCAUCUUAGCCACGAGGGUGAUAUUUUGGAAGACACGGCUAAUGAGCCCCAAAAGGAUAUGUACAUGAUAUCUGUAGACCCAGAAGAUGCUCCAGAUCAACCCGAGUAUUUGGAAAUUGGUAUAGAGUCAGGACUUCCUGUUUCACUCAAUGGGAAGACGCUUUCACCAGCAUCUUUACUCACUGAGCUCAAUGAGAUAGGUGGAAAGCAUGGAAUUGGCCGCAUCGACAUGGUUGAGAAUCGGCUUGUAGGCAUGAAGAGCCGCGGAGUCUAUGAAACUCCUGGCGGAACUAUCCUUUUCGCUGCAGCACGGGAGUUGGAGUUUUUGACACUUGACCGAGAAACAAUACAGGUCAAAGAUUCAUUAGCCCUUAAAUACGCAGAGUUGGUGUAUGCUGGAAGAUGGUUUGAUCCACUCCGCGAGUCCAUGGACGCCUUUAUGCAGAAGAUUACAGAGACCACAACAGGUUCCGUGACUUUGAAAUUGUACAAAGGGUCUGUUACUGUAACAGGUAGGAAGAGUCCCUUCAGCCUGUACAGGCAAGAUAUCUCAUCAUUCGAGGGUAGCGAUAUAUAUGAUCAAGCUGAUGCUGCUGGUUUUAUCCGGCUUUACGGUCUUCCUAUAAGAGUCAGGGCUAUGCUUCAGCAGGGCAUUUAG